AUGUUUCCCAAAAAGCUCCCUUUUGAAGUACUCUCUUUCCAACCAAAGACAACUUCCAAACUUCGAGGUGGCGCUAUCAUUGUGCUGCAAGAAUGGUGGGGGGUCAACGAAAUGGUGAAGGUUCAUGCACAACAUGUGGCCAAUGCGACGGGUGCAUUGGCUGUUGUUCCAGAUCUUUACAAGGGCAAGCUUGGGCUGACUGCCGAAGAAGCCAACCACUUGAUGAACAACUUGGAUUGGAAGACUGCCGUAGGUGAACUGCAAGAGCUGACUGAACAAUUAUAUGAAACAAAGCAUCCCAACGUGGGGUCCAUAGGAUUUUGUAUGGGUGGCGGACUAUCGCUUGCCUUAGCGUCUCGUAUGGCUGGCACUCCACACGCCUUGAGAGCAGCCGUAACAUGUUAUGGUACACCACCAAGUGAACUCUUUGAACCACGUCUGUUUGGUAGUCAACGCACAGCCAUCCAAGGUCAUUUCGGUGGCAAGGACACGAUGAAAGGAUUCAGCGACCCUGACGCAGCCGAUGCUUUGGAAUUCAAUCUCAAAUCAAACAACGCUGGUGAUGUCCAAAUUUAUCGAUAUCCUGAUCAAGGUCAUGCAUUCUUGAAUGACGAUGAUUGGAGCAUUGAAAAACGCAAAGAGCUUGGUUUUGUCGACAAGAACAUCGAUCCAAAAAGUGCAGAGGUCAAAGUUCGAGAUCUUGCUUGGUCACGUAUCAGCCAAUUCUUUAUUCAAAAGCUUGGAGGAGACAAUCUUUAA